AUGCUCCUGCCGAUCCCUGAAAUUGACGAUCCCGUUGAGCGAUUCGUGGCGGUAGUUAAAUUCUAUCUGAGCGGCUGGCACAUCCGACCCCCGGGAGUGAAGAAACCCCUGAACCCCGUCCUCGGCGAGGUCUUUAGCUGCUACUGGGAUUUCCCCGACAACACGCGGGCCUACUACAUCUCGGAACAGACAUCGCACCACCCGCCCAAGUCGAGUUAUUUUUACAUGGUUCCAGGGCACAACAUCCGGGUCGACGGAACACUCAAGCCUAGGAGCAAGUUUCUGGGCAAUUCCGCCGCCAGUAUGAUGGAAGGAACAGCUAUCUUGUCACUCUUGAACCGGGGCGCCGACCCCUCGAAGGGCGAGCGCUAUACUCUCACGCAGCCGAAUAUGUAUGCCAGGGGCAUUCUGUUUGGCAAGAUGAAAUACGAGCUCGGGGAUCACAGCUUCGUGCGGUGCCCAGAGACCGGGUUAUCAGCCGACAUCGACUUCAAGGUUAAAGGGUGGGCCAACACCAGACAGACGGCGCAAAGGGAGAUGUUCUUCAACGCCCUGAAAUCGAAGCCCAGUGCCCCCAUGUGCCGACCUCUCGAGGAACAAGCCGAGCGGGAAUCGCAGCGGCUGUGGGCCAAGACAUCACAAGCGGUCAAGGAGCGCAAUCACGAGCUCGCAACGGACGAGAAAACCAAGGUCGAAGAAGUACAGCGCGAAGAGGCGGCCAAGCGAGCCAACGACGGCGUCGAGUGGCAUCCCAAACUAUUUAGGCCGGUAAGGGGCGGGCCAGGCGGCCCGGAGGAGGGCGAAGAGGACCUCGAAUGGAUCAUCAACGCUACGAUAGACGGAACGACCCCUGAGAAGCAGGCGGCGCAAAUAAUGGCCAUCUACCCGAUUAUCAAAGGGCAGAAAUUUAAUCAACAAAACGUCAUCCCCCCUAGGGCCUCACUCGAAGUGAAGGAACCGCCGAAGGACCCCCCCAGCGCAGCUGGCGAUCUGAUAGACUUUGGCGAUAGCGAGUCAACUCCGCAACCGCCAUUGACAAAGGAGCAGCCGCCGGCGGCGGAGGAGCAACCACAGACUCCGGCGAACCCACCACCCCUCGAUCCAUCACACCCCAGCACGACCGAGAUCCAAGAGAUGCUCUCUGCGACGGGUAGCCAGGCCAAGGACGGCCCCCUGGUCGAUUUCCACGGGGACCUGAAAAAGAGCCUGCCAGGUAGCGCCAAGCGGACCGACUCAACCGCGUCGGAAGACAACUUUGUCGACGCCCAGGGGUAA